AUGACACAUGGCAUGAUGGUCGAUGUUUUGGCACGAUGUCCUUCUCUACGAGCUUUAUCCAUGCUUCGAUGCAAUCAAAGCCAUUCGUUGAGGGUGAUCCAUGAACAUUGUCCGUUGCUAAGCUAUCUUCGAUAUGGUCCUUUACGCGGGGAAUAUGAAAAUGAUUAUCUGGACUUUGAUUCAUACGACUUUGCCUCCCACACCAAGCCAGGAUUGAAAAAGAUAGCCCUUGUCGCCAAUUACUCCAUGUACGAUAUCGCUGUUUCAGCAACAUCACGCCACAUUGGAAGAAGUCAGUAUUUCAGCUAUUGUGGAUACAACAACAGCCUAUGA